GAUCUGUGUCUCUCGCGCAAGAAGGCGUGGGGACCCUGAAACCCUAAUUCUGUUUCUCCGACGAGCGUGAUUGACAACGGUGCGAGUGAUUCCUCGCGGGAGGGGAAGCAAUGGGACGGGUCGACUUUGGGAUCGGGGUCGUCGGCGCUCUCUUGUUGAUGCACAGUGCCGUCUCUACCAUAGAAUAUAGGAGUGCUUUGAAGAUCAGAGAAGAAGAUUUCACGUAUCCGCCGAUACAGGUGGUCGUUGAGGUCGCUGUAAGUCUGCUUCUGUUUUUAUGGGCUGCUCUCAAAGUACCAGGCUCUUUUCUUCCGAUAUUACCAGACGCGGAAGCUAAUAGGGUAACAAUGCUCUGUGCAAACCUGGACUUCAUGACAUUCAAUCACCGAGGGAAAUUAUUUGAACCUGAAGUAGGAGAAGCUAAAUUUUCAUGAGCGUUAUGUUCUUCCAAGCAGGAAAGUGUGCUCCGCUUUAAUUAUCAGCGUAUGGAACCUACUUGGUGACAGAAAUAUGGUUGAGAUUUUUGCUGAUUCUUUACGGAGCGUUACUCCUGUGAGAUCUCUCGCGUUGUGAAUUAAGGCUCUACUGGCCUAGUCAGAUAGGGGAGGAAGUCGAACUGGGUGCAUUACAUGCUUGUUAGUAUGUUUAAUGAAUGCUGUUUAAUGAAUGCUGUAAAGCCAAUGACUUUUCGAGUUGGUCACAAUAGUUGGCUGCCCCGGUAGUUCCUAUUAUUAUUUGGAGAAGCAAUGUAUCCUCUUGUUAUAUGUCUACAAUAUCAUCAUAUCAUUGGUCUAUCGUG